GUUUCUUUACUGUAGAAACCUUCACUAUUCUUUUCUCACUCAGCGACUUGAACUUUCAACGCUUCACAAUUUCUGCAUUCUCUAAAACCUAAAAGUUUUAACGUUGAGUUAAUCAAAUAUUCAUAAUUAUGAAUGAUAUUAAGUUGGAGGAUAGGUGGCCUAUUGUGGUUUGCGGAGUUGAGAAAGUGUUGAGACUUAUUGAAAACCACCCCGAUGAAACUUCUUUUGAUGGUCCUAUGCACAUAGAGCUUUACUCAACUAUAUACAACUUCGUCCGUAUAAAUCCACUUCAUUAUCCUAAGCAAAUUUAUGAGCAUUACAAGCAGGCACUUGUGGAUUAUGUUAAUAUGACGGUUUUACCAGCUUUGAAUGAAUUACAUGAUGAAUAUUUGCUGAUGGUACUAGUGCAUAGAUGGUCGAAUUAUAAAGUACUGAUGAGGUGGCUAACUCGUUCCUUCACAUGCAUUGAGCGCAUCCAAAUUUAUAGAAGGUCAAUGUCACUUCCUUCGUUUCAAGAUGCUGGACUGUUUGUAUUUUUUGACCUGGUUUACAAUCAAAUAUAUGUCAGAGCAAAGGAUGCUGUUUUAGCUCUGAUAAAUGUAGAAAGGUUGGGUGGCCAGAUUGACCGAACAUUACUGAAAAAUGUAAUUGGGAUAUUUGUCGAAAUUGGAAUGGGAUAUAUGUAUGAAUAUGAAAAUCAUUUUGAGACAUAUUUUCUGGACGAUACUACUACUUACUAUUCGCGGGAGGCCUCAAGGUGGAUUUUACAGAAUUCAUGUCCAGAAUACAUGUUGAAGUCUGAGGAAUGUUUGAAAAAAGAAAAGAAUAGGGUGUCUGAUUAUUUGCAUGUUAGCAGUGAAGAGAAGCUUCUGAAGAGAGUGCAAAAUGAGUUGUUGUUGGCAUAUGAAAACCAAUUGCUUGAGAAAGAAAAUUCUGGAUUUCGUGUACUACUUAAAGACGACAAGGUGGAGGAUUUAUCCAGGAUGUUCAAGCUAUAUAGUAAAGUUCCCAAGGGUUUGGAGCCCAUUGGAACCCUUUUUAAGCAAUAUAUCUGCGAUGAAGGAAUUGCUUUGAUCCAGCAAGCCGAAGAUGCUGCAAUCUGCAAGUCUGAAAAUUCUACUGCUGAUUGUUCACACGAGCAGGUCCUUGUGAGGAAAGUAAUACUGCUACAUGAUAGGUUUAUGGCUUUUGUGAUUGAUUGCUUUGCCAGCCAUGCUAUCUUUCUCAAGAGUCUCAAGGAAGCUUUUGACGUCUUUUUAAACAAGACUGUUGCUGGUUGUUCUACUGCAGAACUUCUGGCAUCUUAUUGCGAUAUUAUUAUCAAAAAAGGUGGUAGUGAAAAGCUAAGUGAUGAAGCUAUUGAGGAGUCUCUUGAGAAGGUGGUAAUGCUUCUUGCUUAUGUGAUGGAUAAAGAUAUGUUUGUAGAAUUUUACAGAAAGAAGCUCUCUUGUCGUCUACUCUUUGACAAGAAUGGCAAUGAUGAACAUGAUAAACGUUUUUUGGCAAAGUUAAAGCAGCACUAUGGUGCACAUUUUACAUCAAAGAUGGAAGGAAUGGUAGCUGAUUUGAUGAGGAAGAGUGUGAUUCAGAUUCAUUUUGAAGAACAUCUUCAACAUAAUCCAAAUGCACAACCUGGUCUUGAUCUUACUGUGACAGUUCUCACAACCGGAUAUUGGCCAAGCUACAAAACCUCUGAUUUUAACCUUCCUACUGAGAUGUUAAGGUGUGUGGAAAGUUUUGAGAAGUUCUAUAAAAUAAUAAAAGAGAACAGGAUUCUCUCUUGGAUUCACUCAUUCGGAAGCUGCCACCUCACCGCUACAUUUGGUCAGAAAACAAUGGAUUUAGUUCUUGGAACCUAUCAGGCUGCUGCUCUGCUCCUAUUCAACACAGCAGAUUGCUUGAGUUAUUCAGAAAUUGCUACUCUACUAAAUUUACCUGAUGAAUUCUUGGUUAGAGUACUUCAAUCAUUGUCUUGUGCAAAGUACAAGAUUCUUAUCAAAAAACCGUACUCAAAGACAGUAUCUCAGACUGAUAGUUUCUUGUUCAAUUCGAAGUUCACCGACCGAAUGAGGAGGAUAAAGAUUCCUCUUCCCCCAAUGGAUGAGGCGAAAAAGAUUGUCGAAGAUAUGGACAAAGAUCGGCGAUUCGCCAUUGAUGCCAUUAUUGUGCGCAUAAUGAAAAGUAGGAAGGUGUUAGGGUAUCAGCAAUUAGUCGCCGAGUGUGUUGAGCAGCAAGCUCGCAGUUUCAAGCCUGAUUUCAAGCAAAUUAAGAAGAGGCUAGAGGAUUUGAUUACAAGAGAUUACAUUGAAAGGGACACGGAUGAUCCUCAGUUGUUCCGGUACGUCGCCUGAGUAAAUAAUAAAUAUGCUCGUCUUCCACAGGAUGAUGCAUGCGCUUUUCGCAAACUGACUUUUGGUCCAUCUCAGUAAUCAGAUCAGUAUCUCUUCUUUGUAUAGUUUUAAGAGUUUUCAUGAUCUGCCUACUACAUCAUCAAUACUAAAUGUGCUCAUUUUUUUUAGAGAAACAGAACAUGUGGACUAUUUCUCUCUAUAUACCAUUCUUAAUUC